AUGGUCGCAGCAUGGAAGCAGUCCAGCUUUGUUGGCAUUGGUAGCUACCGACGUCAGCCAAAGACAUCCAGAUGGGCGGUUUGCGCCCAGGUGAAGGAACCCCCAGCUGAAGGCGACCGCGUCGUCGUUGACGGUGAUGAUGGGCCAAUUGUAGUUGCCAAGAUCGAUGGCAAGUACUAUGCGGUUGAUGCAAAGUGCCCACACUUGGGGUUGCCAAUGAAGCAAGGGAAGAUUGAGAAUGGGCCGGAUGGGCCAACCCUGACCUGCAACUUCCACAACUCAGAGUUCAACAUGAAAAGCGGUGUUUGCACGAAGCUAGGGGCUCAGUACUGCGUGUGUAAACCUGGCAGAGUUCAUUACUUAUUGCAAGUCGUCUAA